AUGAAGGGGAUGCUGCCAGCAUUUUCAACCAGUUGUUGCAAAUUGAUUAAUGAGUGGAAGAACUUGGUUGGUUCUCAAGGAUCAUUUGAACUGGAUAUUGAGCCUCAACUCCAAUUUCUUUCAUCCGACGUCAUUUCUCGAGCAGCAUUUGGAAGCAGCUAUGAGGAAGGACAACAGAUUUUUAAACUUCAAAAAGAGCAGGCGGUUCUGGCACUUGAAGCAUAUCACGCCAUAUACGUACCUGGGUUAAGGUUUUUACCAACUAAAAAGAACAGGAGGAGGUAUCAGAUAGACAAUGAGAUAAAAGCAAUGUUAAGGGAAAUGAUCCAGCAGAAAGAAAAAGCCAUGUCAAAUGGGGAAUCAUGUGGGAGUGAUCUGCUAGGCUUGCUUUUACAAUGCAAAGAACAGAUUGAUAAUGACUUGACAAUUGAAGAUGUAAUAGAAGAAUGCAAAUUGUUCUACUUUGCUGGCCAAGAGACCACUGCUAACUGGCUUACAUGGACUAUGAUCGUCUUCUCUAUGCAUCCAGACUGGCAAGAGAAGGCAAGAGAAGAGGUUCUACAGAUCUGUGGGAAGAAAAGCCCUCAGCUUGACUCCAUAAACCACCUCAAGAUUGUUUCAAUGGUUCUACAUGAGGUCAUAAGGUUGUAUCCUCCUCUGAUGGGUUUAAAUCGACACACUCUCCGGCAAAACGAUAUCGGUGGCUUGCGGAUCCCUGCCGGGGUUGACAUUUUCUUACCAAUACUGCUAUUACAUCACAAUCCUGAAUACUGGGGCGACGAUGUGGGAGAAUUCAAACCAGAGAGAUUCGCUGAAGGAGUUUCCAAGGCAUCAAAAGAUCAGCUUGCAUUCUAUCCAUUUGGUUGGGGACCAAGAAUCUGUUUGGGCCAAAGCUUUGCCAUUAUAGAAGCAAAGCUUGCUCUAGCCAUGAUUUUGCAACAUUUUUCAUUUGAGCUUUCUCCUUCAUACACACAUGCUCCCUAUACUGUUAUAACUCUUCAACCACAACAUGGAGCUCCAAUAAUACUACACCAAAUAUAA